AUGUCAGUGAAGCAUGAAAAAGAUACAAGUGAGGAGAUUAAAGGGGUCCUAAAGGCCAGACCAGUUUCUAAACUUCCUCCAGGGCCAUGGAAACUGCCUUUCAUUGGAAAUAUCCAUCAGCUUAUUGGCUCUCUGCCUCACCAUGCCCUGAGAGAUUUGGCAAAGAAGUAUGGUCCCCUGAUGAUUCUUCAAGUUGGUGAAAUUCCUACACCUGUUGUUUCCUCUCCCGAAAUGGCAAAAGAAAUCAUGAAAACACACGAUGUUGAAUUCGCAUUCAGGCCUCAAAUUACUGUAACAGAGAUCAUGUCUUACAAUUCCACCAGCAUUGUAUUUGCUCCAUAUGGAGAAUACUGGAGGAAUCUCAGAAAAAUCUGCACUCUUGAGCUUCUGAGUACUCGUCGAGUUCAGUCCUUUCGACAUUUAAGGGAAGAAGAGACGGCAAAUCUGAUCAGAUGUGUAGCUAGUAAUGCAGGAUCGCCAAUAAAUCUCACGGAGAAGGAAGGCCUUAGAGUGGCAGGCAUAUUUAACAUUGCUGACAUUUAUCCUUCCAUAAAGUGUUUGCAUUGGAUCGGUGGGGUUAAGUCCAAAUUACUAAGUUUACACCACGAAUCUGAUAGUAUUCUUGAGACCAUAAUUUCUGAGCACAGGAAAAAACAGCAAGGUGAGAAUAUUGAUGAUCCUGAAGCCAGAGAAGAUCUGGUAGAUGUUCUAUUAAAGUAUCAUGAUAAUCCAAAGCUUGAAUUUUUCCUCACUUCUGACAACAUUAAGGCAGUUCUCCUGGUUAGUGUUUCAAUCUCAUCAAAAUUGCUCCUUUCCGUCCUUAAAUGA